AGACAAGUAAACAUUUUAAAAGAACUGAAAGAUUCUGAUCAUAUUAUUAGAUUUUUUGGUGUAGCUCACGAAGAUUCAAAAUUUUAUUUGGUUACUGAAUGGAUGGAAUUUGGAAAUUUACAUGAAUAUUAUACGGAUUAUAGCGAAAUUAUCGAUUGGAAUACUAAAAUUAAAUUUGCUUUAGAUAUUUGUCGUGGUGUCGCGUAUCUGCACGAGUGUAAGAUUCUUCAUCAUGAUAUUCAAUCAACAAAUAUUUUAGUAAAUAGAGAUUGUAAGGUUAAGAUAGCCAAUUUUGGUUUAAGCAAAAAAUUUUCCGACAUUACGAGAAAUAUUACGCACAAUCUAGAAAAUAUAAGAUAU